CUGACCAUUGUUUUUUUUUGGGUUUUCCUCCAGAAUUUUGAAAUUUUCAGGACUGAUAGCGAUAUUGCUGUUCCAUAUGGCACGUUCAAAAGAAUCAGCAGUGAAACACCAAAGGAACAGAUCUGGGAUUGGAACGAGGUAGUAAGAAUUGCAAAAGGAAAAACCAAGACAGCGUUCCAAGUGGUUUCCAACUGCAGCACAAAAUCAAAACGUGAGUUGUACGUAGAGGAGCUGAAACGUCACAUGAACAUCACCCUAGUUGGCAAUUGUAAUAACAGUCCAUGUGACGCGGAAUGUGAAGAAAAUCUAGUAGCGCAGCACCGCUUUUAUUUGGCAUUCGAAAACAGUGUGUGUCGGGAUUACAUCACCGAGAAGUCCUACAAACGCAUGGAAAGCCUUUUGGUGCCAAUUGUCUUCAAGAAAACGUUCUAUGAACUAACUUUGCCACCAGGAUCAUUUAUCGCUGCAGAUGAUUUU